GCACGUUGUUUUGAAUCUCGUCAGCUAAGUUUUAUAUGGGAAUUGGGAAUGGAAAUUUCUAGUUCAAUGCAAUUGAAGUUUGUUUAGUGUGUGAGGUGUAAUUGUAGAUAUGAGUAUAAUUUAGUAUUAUCCUUUGAAUAUAAAAUCCUGGGCAUUAAUAAAUAAUUGAUAAGUUAAACAUAAUAAUUAUUCCUCAAACAAAUAAGUUAGGCUAUUUAUAAACCAAAGAUUUUAUUUAUUUCUCUCACCGGGGCUGAAAAAACUUAACAUGACAACUUUUAGGCAUUUCUGGUUAUUAGUUAUUUAUGCAUUGUGUUACUUUGUUUCAUGCACAAAUUCUUUAAAACGAGAAGAUUGUGAAGUUUGUAUAAAUGUUGUGGAACGAUUUACCAGCUCACUGACUGAUGAUAUAAAAUCAAGUCAGAAAUCUAUUGAAGAUGAGUUUAGGAAGUUUUGUAAAACUGUAAAAGAUGACAAAGAAGACAGAUUUUGCUAUUAUAUCGGUGGCAAAGAAGAUUCAGCAACAGGCAUUCUUGGAGAUUUAUCCUGGCCAGUGAAAGCAUCCAUGCCACCAGAUGUUAUCUGCUCUAAGUUGAGCAAGAAAGACUCCCAGCUUUGUGCUUUACGCUACGAAAAGGAGAUUGAUCUGAAUCAAGUGGACUUAAAGAAACUAAAAGUUCGUGACUUGAAGAACAUCCUUAACAAAUGGAACGAAAACUGUGAUGGGUGUUUAGAGAAAACAGACUAUAUAAAACGUAUAGAAGAAUUGAAAGUAAUUCACACAAAAACAGAGUUGUAAUCUGUUUAGUGACGUGAAUAUGUGGAACUAUUUAUUUAUUUAAUUGAACUCUUUUUACAAGUCUUAUGUUGUAAUAAAAACUCUUAAAGCAUCUAA